CUUCCUCCUCCAGGGAGUCGAUCCAGAAGUGCUUUGCUGGAAGGAAAGCUCUUCCACGACAUCUACAUAACUUUCCAAGUCCACCUCAGGAUUCAGAGUCCUUGCUUCUGGGAUUUGUUGCCUACUUUAAUACUGAUAGCAGUCUGCCUAGGUUUGCUGCUGGAUUGUUGCUGAUAUUUCCAAACUUUUUCUUUCUCGCUUCGCACAUUUCGAGCUGAUCGUUGUAUGUGCUGUAACGAGAAGAGAGACUCUUUUAUUUGAAUGGAGUAUUCAGAAAUGCUUUUGGAUUAAUUCUAAGCUUCUUCGAUUGCAUUUGGACACUUAACUUUCAGCCAUGCCUGGCCCAGGAACUUUCAGCCUGGAGUAAAUUUCUACCUUUGAUCUUGUUGGAUUGUCUUUCGGGCUGUGGAAUUCCAUUCCUAUCUACCUGCAUUUUGUGCAUGCGUGCGUGUGUGUGUGUGUGUGAGAGAGAGAGAGAGAGAGAGAGAGAAUUAUUUUUUUCUAAGUAACAGGUUGGUAAAAUAAGAGACAGUUUUUGCUAAGCUGUUAAAAGUUGGUUUUGUCCAGGAUUUAUAGAAACAUUUCCAUCUGUUUCAGCCCCUGGAGAUUCUUGCAGGCAGACUACUCAGCAGGUUUGCAGAUCUUCUUAAAAAUCCAUAUCUCCCUUCUCAGGAGAAUGAUCAGUGUCCCAAGUCAUUUUAGUUACUGAAUUUCUCUAUCCCCUCUCUACAAUUAUGAGGAUUCUUCAGUACUUUUUGUGUGACCUUUGGGUAGCCCAUAUGGAUUUUUUGUGUGUGUGGUGCUUUUAUUUACCAUUGUACUAACAUGUGCUUGAAAGCAAUUACAGCAGUCCCUGAGCGUGCACAGGAAUAGCAUAAAACAAGGACAUGUUGGUAACUUUUUGCUCAAAGCCUGUGCCUAAACUUUUAAAAUGUUUUGGGGGCCUUUUUACCUCCUGGGAAUUUGAAAAUAGGUUGAGAAGCCUCGUGUUCAUCUAAUGAAUUUUGGGAACUGAAGAUAGAAGAUAUGUGCUUUAAAACAGACUCCAAACACAGAUUACUAGUGAUUUCCUAUCCUUAUGCUGAACCAGGAGAAUAAAUCUUGAUCCCUGAGCCCAAGUGAGCGAGGCAUUUCUAACAGAACAGGGAUGUCAGGGAUCAAAUAAAUUUGGAGGACAUCCCAAUAGCAAACACUUAUUAUUUAUACUGAACUUUAAAAAUACUGCUGUAAUUAUCGAAGGGGAAUAUCCGCUCUCCUCCAACAUUAUUCUUUAAUAUGUGGAGUUGAUGGAGGACACUGAUAUUUGUAAUGAACAUUAAAUCGGAAGAGCUUAUGCUUUUGGGAAUGAGAUGUGUGGAGAAGAUAACUAGCUGGAGAAAAGGCCAAGUGCAUCUAAGAUUGAUGUGUUCGACCUGCUGAUCAUCCUGAAAUGUAAUCCUGAAAGGGCAGGAGCUAUAGAGACACUUCUUGCAUGGCAGAGACUCGCUCUGUGAUUAGCUCAGGCAGGACUGAAAUGCUACAUUGUGUUGUUGUAUGUCCUGGCUGGGUUUUUUUAAUGCCCGUUUGUUCAGUUUCUAGUGAUCUUUCUGGAUCUAUCCAUUGGAGGAGAAGGAGAAACGCUUGAUUUAGAUUGUUGGUGUUUUGUUUUUAAUUUUGUUAAGGCCCCACAGGCCUUUGGGCACGUGGCACCAAGGAAGAGAAACCAUUAUCGUGAGAAACAGAAGAGGAACCCUAUAAGGAGUGCCAGGAGGAAGGGCUGUAGGUUACUGAGCCCCUCUCCUCUCCUUCCCAUAUGCCCCACUGACUGGAAACACACAAAAGCUCUAUACUUAACCAGCUCUGUCAACUGUUGGAACCUGCUGGUGGGGUGAGGACGCAUUCCUGAGCGAUAUGUGUGGCCGAAGUGCACUGCUGCAGCUGGUAGCAUGAGUGCUGGCCCCCAGCUGCAGCUGGCUGUCCUCUGGCCUUGGCUGCUAAUGGCUACACUGCAGGUUGGACUUGGCCAUACUGGGCUGGCCAUGGCAGCGGAGUCGGAGAGGUCAGCAGCACAGAAGGCUAUUAUUAGGGUGAUCCCCUUAAAAGUGGAGCCAAUCACAUUGGAAGGAGUGUUUGCUAAUGUUGCUGAGGUUACUCCAGCAGAAGGAAAAUUGCUGCAGUUCCACCCGCUGUCUCUGUGUAACACCAGUGAGGACGAGCACACCGGCUCCGGCUUUGUCACCAUUGUCAAACUCGAGCGGCCCGAUCGAGAUCUGCACCCCUGUCUGUCAUUGGCCAACAAGGCAAAGCUAGCAGGGGAGCGGGGGGCUCGUGCCAUCCUCUUCGACAUCACAGAUGAUGAAAGCGCUGCUGACCAGCUGAGGAAACCCAGGGGCCUGAGUCAGCCUGUGGUGUUGAUCCGGGGCCAUGAUGCUGAGCUUCUGAUGGGCGUCGUGAACAAGAAUCGAGAAGCACAUGUGAAGAUUGAGGUUAAAGAGCAGCCAGCAUGGCCAGACUAUGAUGUGUGGAUUCUUCUCACAGUGCUGAGCACUGUCAUUGUGAUCGUUCUGAUUUUUGUCGUUCGCACCAAGUGUCACUGGAACAGGACUCAGGACUCCUUGCAGCAGCAGACCAUGCAGGCCAUCAGCCAGUUGGCCACCCGGAAGUACCAGGUCCGGUGCCGACAGGCCACCCAAAGGGAUUCGGCCAGCAGCUGCAGCUCAGCCCCCGUCUGCGCUAUCUGUCUGGAGGAGUUCAGCGAGGGCCAGGAGCUGCGGAUUAUUUCCUGUUCCCAUGAGUUCCACAGAGAGUGUGUUGACCCCUGGCUGCAGCAGCACCACACCUGCCCGCUCUGCAUGUUCAAUAUCAUCGAGGGGGCUGCCUUUGCCCAGCCUGCACAUUUGAGGCAGAAUUCCCAGGAUCUGGAACCUGGGCGGCGGCUUCACCUCUUCCGGCAACACCCAGGACACGCCCUGUAUCACCUCCCAGAGGCCCACCCCCAGCGGCAGCUCAGGAACUUUGCUUCGCAGCUCCCCCAUGGCAACCCCUUCUUCCAUUCCCCAGAGCUCUCCCAGUUGGAUUUCAGCACCAUGCACUAUUUGCCAUACAGGCCAGUGGGCUCCAGGGCCACAUGCAGCCAUCAGCCCUCUCUAGCCCAAGGCCUAGGGAAUGAGCAGCACCGAAAAUCUCCAGCAUGUGGGCAGAUGCCAUCUUCUCACAGGACUUGCCCACUUCAGCACCAGGCCCGUUGCCUGGGAUUCAGGACUGCGGUAGUACCGAGACAGCACCACGCUGCCCCUCUUCGUCGGGGAACCAGUCAUGGGAGACAGCACAACAGCAGUGGCUCAGGGGAGAGCUAUCUCACAGAGCACAGCGGGUACCUGGCUGAUGGUCCGGGAAGUGACUCCAGCUCUGGACCCUGUCAUGGCUCCUCCAGUGAUUCUAUGUUGAAUUGCACAGAUGUCAGCCUCCAAGGCAUCCAUGGCAGCUGCUCCACCUUCCGCAGUUCCCUGAGCAGUGACUAUGACCCCUGGGUGUACUGUAGCUCCACUGACAAUGGCCAGGAGCAGCUGCAGCCUCCAGGGGAGCCAAGGCCGAGGUCUUUGGACUUGAAGGAGACUGGCAGCACUGCAUUAGCCAAGAAUCAGACACUGAGUCAUGUCCAUUAUCACCACCACAGGCACCAUCACUACAGGAAAGACCUAGAAUGUCCAUCUGGGAGAUCAGGCCAGGAACCCAGCCAGCGUAAGCCCCGGUUUGCUGGGGCUGUGCCCAGUGCUCGGACACAAAAGAGGACUGAGAAAACGCGUCACUGCAAACAGCCUCUUGAAAGCAGCCCAGUGUCCCAGGCUGCAUCUCUGUCAGGACAGCUCUCCUGUGUGCAUCAGGGACCUGACCUCUCAAAGCACCUCUCCUCUUCUGCAGACGGGUCUGACUUCAGCUGGGUGGCCAGUAGGCAAGCUGGAGCAGCUGGUCCAUUGUCUUUCCCGCUGUCACAGAAACAUGGCUUACAAAGCCGUCACCACAGAAGGAAACGGAAGUGCCGCCCGGAGCCUGUUCUGGCUCACCUUUCAGAGGACUCAGAUGUGCACAAAGACUGCAAUGUUCACAUUCACUAUGGCCACUCCCCUGGCUACUGCUGCUCCCCAGAAGUUCAGCCACUGUUGCAAACGGCCCCUAUGCCCUAUUGCUCAGGCUCUCAGGUGGUUUGGAAGUGCCGAGUCCCGCCCUCCCACUUGGAGUCCCAGCAGCAGGACAAGGACCUAUCAGAAUGGGAGGGGAAACCCAUGUAUCCAGUUGAUUUCUCAGGGACAGGCACCACAGAAGACAACACAAGUCUUUACCUCCCCUGCCAAACUCUGCAACACAAUCAGGGAUCCAAGGAGGAGAUCCAAGAUGUGUACGAACAUUCUGUUUAAUGAAAGAUGAACUCCUCUGCCUACUAGAGAGAGCCAGAGUGGACAAAACAUUCAGGAAACGAACAAGAACUGGAAUCAGUGACUUAUUUCCUGUAUCUCUGAGCAGGUAGUGUAGUAACAGUCCUAGUCUGCCCCACACUGAGAAACAAAAUGUGCUGGUAACCUCCAUGAUGCCCCCUCCUGCCUGCUCCCCGCCCACUUUACUAUAUUGUGGUCACACAAAACCACCACUCCUCUCUCUUUUUAAGGCACGGACAGCACACACUGAUCAGAAGACACUCUGGGGGCAUGGACUUACUCAUUCCAACCCUGUGUCCAGUGUUCGUUAUCUGGAGAGCCUGCUGGGUAGACAUAAACCGGUAUUUUGGCAUGGUCACAAACCUGUGGGAGUUUGGAGGCUUUUGGAAAUGGGCAGACCUAUGAGACUAAAAGCUGCAGAGAUGACAUUAUAUAGCCAAAUAGCUCCUGCCUUUUUCAUUUCCUCACUUAGGUCAAAGUCAGGCCAGCCUACUUCACUAACCCUGAAUACUCUUAUUUCUCAAACUUAAACACAAGAUACUCUCUUCCAUUUCUACACUGCAGGAGCUCUCUUAGGUCCUGACCCUGCAAGAUACUUCCAUUGACUGCAGUGGGAAUUAAGGGUCCCUGCCACUUGGCAAUUAACUAUCCUUCAGCUGAGGCCUGGGUGGGGACAACUUGUAGUUUUGCCGAUACUAGGAUCCAGCUGGAGGAGCAGUGAGGACAUUCAGGAUUCUGCUAGCAUUUCCAGGAAAGAGCUGGGGCUGAGAAUCUUCUCAGAAUCCAUUACGUUACCUGGAAAUGUUAUUAGAUUUCUCAUUCAUCACUUAAGUCUUUGCUUAAUUAUCAAAGUAAUUAUAAAGGCCAGCCCUGUAACUGUGCUGAGUAGCUCACUUGUGGUGCAUGUUUCAAAGCCUCUCUAAACAUCUUUUUGGAAAGCAUGGGAAUCAUGGAGAAAUGAGAGACUAUCCUCUUAAUCCAUGAGCCAGCAUGGGUCCUCCUUCUCUGCCUUCCUCAUCGUGAUCAUUGCCAUCGUCAUCACAUGACACAGUGAGACGCACACUGAAGUCCCCGGGAAAGCAUCUGGGACAGUAAAUGCUCAGUAGAGCCCCAUCCCAACUAACAUUUCUGGAAACUUACGCUCUUUUCAGUGACCUGCAAAAGAAUUCUUCAAAAUCAGCUGUGUCCUUUUCUAGCUUCUUUCUGAUGGAGACAUUGGGGAAAAAUUGGGGAGGUUUUUUUGUUGCUUGUAUUUACCUUAGAAAUCCAGGAAUUCAUGGAUUCACAAGUGUUAAGGCCUGAAGGGAGCAUUAUGAUUAUGAUUAUGAUCAUCUAAUCUGAGCUCCUGUAUAACACAAGCCAGAGAACGUCACUCAGUGAGUCCUGCAUCAAGCUCAUGAUUUCUUAUUGCAACAUAAAAACUUAAUAUAUAUGGAGAUAUACCUAUCUCCUAGAACUGGAAGUGACCUUGAAAGGUCAUUGAGUCCAGCCCCCUGCCUUCACUAGCAGGACCAAGUACUGAUUUUUGCCCCAGAUCCCUAAGUGGCCCCUCAAGGAUUGAACUCACAACCCUGGGUUUAGCAGGCCAAUACUCAAACCACUGAGCUAUGCCUCCCCAUUUGGUGGACUGGAAAGGACCUUCUAGGUCUUUGACUCCAGUCCCCUGCUAUCGCAGCCAAGCCUGUCAGAUAAUCCCAUUCAUAAAUGUAUCAAUCUACAUUUUAAAACCAGUGAUGUUGUUUGGCCCCACUACUCCUCUAGGCUGUUCCAGAAUCACACUGCUCUAGAGCUGAGCUAGAGCAGAUCUGUUAGAAAGAUAUGCAUAUUAAAUUUGACCUCAGUUCGGUGUGCAGCUGUGGUAAAAAAAGAUGCAUACAGAAUGGCACUGAGAAUAAUAAGGAAGCUAUUAUAAUGCCAUUAUAGAACUCAGUGGUGCAGCCUCCCCUGGACAUGGUGCAGCUCUGAUCAGCCCUCUCAGAAAGGAUAUUGUGGAAGUGAAGGGUUUCAGAGGGCGAGGGUGAUGCGAAUGAUCAGGGACUGGAAAAACUCAGGUGAAAAGAGAGUGGAAAGAUGGGAUUGUUACCUUAGAGAGAGACAGAUCAGACUAAUGAAUGGUCUUGAGAAGGGAGAUCAGGAGCUUCUGCUCUCCCUGUCUUACAGCACAAGAACAAGGGGCCAUUUGAUGAAAUUAAAAGUGUGAUAUUCAAAGCUGAUCAAACAAAAUACGUUUUCAUACAAUGCAUACUUAGUCGGUGGAACUCGCUGCUACAAAAAGUCAUGUAAGGACUUAGCAAGGUUCAAAAUGGCGUUGGACAGUUAUAUGUACAUGAGAAAUAUCCAGUGUUCUCAUGCUAAUGAAAAUGCUAGAAGUCCCCCCACCCCUGCUUCAGGGCUGAAGCCCGUUUCUAACUACAGUAGAACCUCAGCGUUAUGAACACCUCGGUUAUGAAUGGAGGUGGUUCGUAACACUGAAAUGUUCCUAACUCUGAACAAAACAUUAUGGUUGUUAUUUCAAAAUACAGCUUUGAAACUUUACUAUGCAGAAGAAAAAUGCUGCUUUCCCCUUUUUUUUUUUUAGUUUACGUUUAACACAGUACUGUACUGUAUGUGCUUUAUUAUUAUUAUUAUUAUUAUUAUUUUAUCUCUGCUGCUGCCUGAUUGGGUACUUCUGCUUCCAAAUGAGGUGUCUGGUUGACUGGUCAGUUCGUAACUCUGAUGUUCUACUGUAGGAGAGACCAGGCCGAGACCUAAUGUGGGGACAGAUUUUCCCACAGCUGCUACCAUGAGGUGUUUGCGCCCAGGGGCAGCAGGUUUGUAUAAUUUUUGAUGGUGCCCAGAAUGGGUCCAAGUCCCACCCCACCCCCCACACCUGCCUAAGGCUCUGAGAGGGAGCUUGGGUGUGGGAGGGGUGCAGUCUAACCAAAAGCUCUUUCCCUAGUUUGUCUGCUCUCAUUCUGUUGGCUCCUGUGAUACCAUCAUUUCACUAGCCAACCGCAGAGUCUUUCAGCAUGGAGAGGGUCUGGAUUUCUAAGGUCAAAAACAGAUUUGUAUCUUAAUCCUUUCAGGCUUUCUUUCUCCAUCAGAAAGAAGAAAGAAAAGGACACAAGCCCAAUGCCCCCUUCCCCCCAAGCAGGUCACCUUUAACCUAGAAGUAAAAGCAGGAGCUGGCGUAGAUUCCCAAGAUUCUGCUUACGGUGCAAGCUGGCCUAUGGCUCUUCUUAUGCAGUUCAUCACAUGCCCCAGCCAAAUGCUGUUCAAUUGUCUUAACAAAGAGGAGGGCCCUGAACUCCAAGCUGCUUUCAGACCAAGGGCAGGAUCCUGCAUAGUGCGGACUUCCACCCCAGAGCUAAACCCCCACUGAUGAGCCCACUCGGCCUCUCAUUCGCAGUUUAAUAGAAUUCAUCUCUUUCCUUUAGGACAGUGGUUCUCCAACGUUUGUACUGGUGACCCCUUUCACACAGCAAGCCUCUGUGUGCAACCCCCCUUAUCCAUUAAAACACUUUUUUACAAAUUUAACACCAUUAUAAAUGCUGGAGGCAAAGCGGGGUUUGGGGUGGAGGCUGACCCCUCACAUAAUAACCUCGUAACCCCAAGGGGUCCCAAUCCCCAGUCUGAGAACCUCUGCCUUAGGAGGACUCUGUCUGGCGUAAGCCCCAAGCCCAGUGGAACGUGUGCUCUGUCGUAAAGGACCCCUGCUGCUCUGUACUGCAGUAUUAGGUGGGCUGCAUUGGGCAGCUCCCACUUUAAAGUGUUUUUAUUUUCUGGCCUUAUGCUGCUACUUUUCUUUCAAAAACCAACCUAUCAAAGCCUCAGGAUCUCUCUGGGCAUGGAGAACAGAUCUAGUAAGUAGUUUAGAUGGGGGAGGGGUUGCAGUUCUGUCCAUAUGGGUUAUCAGAUGGGAAGAAGGGGAAGAGCUCUGUUUGGAAGAGUUAAUCCAAGGGACUAUGAAAUAAAAGGAGGAAUAGAUUCCUUAGCCAUCUAAGAGGGGAGGUGAUGUAAGAAUCAAUGAAAAAUAAUCCUGAUAUGUGCUGAACACUUGCACCUCCAAAUGGACUUGUAACUCCAAGGGACUCACAGGAGCUCAGCAACACUCAGGAUCAGGCAUUGAAUGUCGGUAGUGUUUGUCCAAGGCAGGGGUUCAGGGGUUCCUUGCCCUAAGAGAGCGGAGGCCCCCGCUGGGAGGAGAAGUGAAAGCCAGAGCUUCUCAAAUGAGCAUUCCCCAUUGCUGAACCCUCAGCCCUUCCCUAGAGCCCCUGGCUCUUCCCAGGACAGCCAGUGUCACUGAGAGGAGCCCCAAGCAGGCACAGCUCCUGGAGCUGUGUCUAUAGCCUCCUUCAUUCAUGCAAACAGCCCUCUGUUCCUUCGUCUUGUAAAGCUCAGAUCCGUUUGAAAUGUGAACAUGGUUUUUAGUUUUUGCUGAGUCUGUUCUGCAAGGCUCUUGGGUGUUUUGGGUAAAUUACAAACCAAAAAGGAAGAAUAGGUUUUUUUAUAUAUGCAAAUCUGUAUAUUUAUGUCUGAGAUGGAAACAAAGAUGUUUGAAUAUGGUGAUGUGCUCAGAAAUAUAUUUAUUUACUAAUAUAUUUA